CCGCGCAAAGCACUGUGGGGUUCGUAGUUUCCUGGAGAGGAGCAAUAGUUAAAGGCUCGGAUUAAAGCGCGCGCCUUAUCGCGGCAGGCGGCCUAGGCCAAUCACAUCGGGUCGUACUUCCGGAAGUGACGCCAUUCUCAGGGGGCGGGGGGAGACGUUGCAGUUGGCGGUUCUGUUGAACCCGACAGCUUUGGGCGGUUUUUCAGGGGAUAAGAAAAUGCUGCUCCCUUGUGACCCGGGAUGGGUGGGGGCGGCUGAGCAGUCGCCUCUGCAGCCGCCGGGGGAGAAGUGGCGGCAUGUAGAGGAGCGGCGGAGGAAGACGCUUCUCAGGACUUGGUCUUUUGUCGUUGUCUUUUCCCGGGCUCUCUCUCUUUCUCAGCUCCCUGGAGCCGGCUGCCUUCGGCCUCGGGCCUCCCGUGUGCGCCGGGCCACGGCCUGGAGGCCGCUGCGAACCAUGAGCGCCGCCGCCGCCGCCGUCGGCGGACCCGCGGCCUGGAAGAAGGACCACCUGUGGCAGAAUCUUGCUGGGCUGGGCUUCGAGCCGGAGAAGGCUGCGGCCGAAGCGGGGAGGAAGCUCACGUCGCACACCAAGCUGGGCGUGAGCAUGUUUGACAAACCUAACAGUGAUGCCUUUCACAUAGUUGCCUACUUUUUGUUUACCGCUUUGAAUCCUUCCCAUGCUAAAGAAGUAUUCAGGUUUUGUUGGCCUCCAAUAGACCGAAAAGCCGAUGCUGAAUUUCGCAAACAGUGCUGUGAAUGGUUGAAAAGAAUUUCUGAUGAAUGUGGAAGCAGCUUUCCUCAAGUCAUUGGUUCAUUGUUUCUUUCUCCUGGUGGCCCUAAGUUUGUUGAUCUUAUGUACACUUUUGCAAGAUUUGUUGCCGUGCAGUAUAUUAAAACCAACUCUGAAAGUUCUAAUAAGUCCUUUGUAGAAUCAUUUAAUAUAAAAUUUCAAGAUCCUCGUAAGUCCUUUACAAGAUGCCACAUAGGACGUACCUGGUUUUUACAAGUUUUACAAAAAGAAGAUUCUCUGAUUCGACAAUACCAAGAAAAUUCUCAAUCGUUAAUUAAACAGAUAAGAGAUUUGAAUUCACAAUAUAUAGAAUUGCAAAAAUUACAAAAAAAGAAUCAGAAUGAAGAACAGAGAAACAUAUCAGAGAAAGUUCAAAAGGUUCGAUUGAUGUGGGCUUCUGUGAUGGAAACACUUACACUUUUGGAAAAAGAAAGAGAAGUUGUUAGUUCGGUCAUUACAGGUCAUGUUGGUCAAUAUACUUUGGAUGGAACUGGUGUUGCUAUUAAGGUUCCAAGACUCUUACUGGACAGAAUUGAAAAACAAAUGUACCACUUAUUUAUAGGAAACCUUUAUGAAGCUGGAAAAUUGAAUCUUUUAACUGUUAUUCGGUUACUAAAUGAAGCCCUGAAGAUUUUGAAGGAUGAACGUAGUUGUACUGACCAAACAGGACUGACAGCAGACCUUAAUUAUAUUGAGAGAGAGGCCAGAGUUCAGAAAAACACAUUAUCACAUGUGAAGCAGAUGAGGAAUAAAGUAAAACAAGAGGCUAUUUUUAUAAAGCAGUCAAAUACUGAAAAGCAGAAAGAAUGGAACAAGAAAUGGGAAGAGUUCCUUAAUCAGGCUCCUUUUAGUCUAAUUAAAGAGGAGACUCCAGCUUUGGAUCUUUUACCAGCAAUGUCUCCUCUUUCAUUUGAUCCUGCUUCAGAAGAAGAUUAUGAAAGCAGUAUCUUCUUUAGAUAUCCCUUAUCACUUCCAGAUACAUCUAAGAAGCAUACCCAAGAAAGUUUCCACUGGAACGAUGAUGAUUCAGUAAGAACUACAGAUGAACUAGUGAACAGGGCUGCUGUUCUUCCGGUGCAGUCAUAUACAACGUCUGAUAGUAGCAGUGUAACAUUAGUUGAAAAGGAUGUGAAGGCAAAGACUCUUAAAGAUAAAGAACAAUCACUUUCUAAAAACAAAAAAAAAAUCAAAAUGGAUGCAUCUCAGUCAUUGUCUGCUCAGAAGAGCAGAGAGAAUUGUGUACUUGCAACACCAACGCUGGAUCCUUUCAAAAAAGAAAUAGAUCAUCUAGCAGAGGAGGUUGCCAAAGCUGUUGUAUCAGAUUCACCACAACUUUGUGAAGGAAGAGACACAGAAUUAGGGAACUUAAUCAACUCUUUAUUUUCUAACCCAUUUUUGACAAGGAAGCAAAUUCCAAGAACUCCAGAAAAUUUGACUCCUGAAAUUAGAAACUCCCAAAGAGAAGUUUUUCAAGAUGAAGUUGAUCCAAACAUAGAGGUGGUUCAAAUGGAUGCUGUAUUCAGUGACCAAGCACAUUUAAGCAUGAACAAUUUUCUCUCAGGAUCAGCUCUUAGUAAAUCUUUCUUGCCUGAAGAAAGAGGUUCUCCAAAACUUGGGCCUCAAGAGAAUAUAGGAACUAGUCACCUUGACCCACUAACAAGCAAAAGUGCAAAAAUUUCAAAUAAAAGAAUCUGGGAACAGAACUCAGAAUGUUCAGUUUUACAAGGAGAUAUUGAAGAAAGUAGCCAUACUGGGUCAGAUUUAUCUGCUGCAGCCAAGAAGAUAGAUGGAAUAGAUGGUAAAGAAGAGCAAGUUAAUAAAAAACUGGACUUCUCAUCUGCAUCUUGUAAAGAACAGUCUUGGGUGCAUACAACUUUACUGUGGAAUUCUGAGAUCCUAAAUGAAAUUAGUUCUAAUAGUAAAGAGGCUGUCCAUUUUGAUAUAUUGCAUGAAACCCUUCCAGAGGUAGCUGACAACUUGAGUUUUAAUAGCUCCUAUAGCACAGAGUCAGGUGAUGAAACAGGGCAGAAAAGUUCAGUGGCUAAUGAGAUCUUAAUAGAAGACUUAGUGAGAAAAAGAUCGACUACUGAAGAAAGAAAUUUGAAUUUUGAGGCUAUUUGCAGUAGAUUUGAAGCUCUUAAAAAGUCUAUGUCUGAGAAAAAGAAAGCGUCUCCUCAGUUUUCUCCUGCAACAUCUCUAAAAGAUGAUUCAAAAUUAGGCUGUACUAAAGAUAACAUGGAAACAGAUGACAUGUUUAAUUCUAUGGGAGAUCUUCCUGCUCUCUACAUGGACAAUAUAAAACCAGCUCUACGAAUGUCUUUUGGUGAAAGAAAAUCUCUUUCACCACUUAUUAAAUUUUCUCCAGAGGAACAGAGACGAAGGUCCACAAAGCCAAAAAAUAUUGGAGAAUUUUUACCUUAUUUGAAGGAUUACUCACCUCAAGAGCCUAUUUCCCUGGAGUAUACUAAAGAAGAACACUUGGAUAAAAGGCUUGAAUCCUCAUCUAAUUUAAAGACUGAAGAUGGAGCAGUUGCACAAUUAAUUGAAUUAUGAUGGAUUUAAAUUGAAGAUACAUUAUAGAAUAAAAAACUGAUUUGUAAUCUAAAUACUUUGGGGAAGCCUUACUCCUGCAGAUAGGAAAAAACCCACCAUUCUUGAUAACAUUAAUACCCCAAUCUUUUAGGGCAAGAGACAUACAUAGUAUCCAGCUAGUGAAUUCUUUAGUCUUUUUGAAUGAAAAAAUUUAGUUUUUUACUCAUUUGUAAGAAAUGGAAGUUGAAAACAAAAUAUAGAAUCCACAGAAUGUUAGAAUUUGAAAGGACUUUAGAGAUCAUUUAAUUCAGUCUCCUCAUUUUAUAGAUAAGGAAACUGAGGCCCAGAGGGGUGAAGUGAUUUGCUCCAAGUUACAAGAAGACAUUUUGAUAUCUUCAAUGAUCAACUUGUAAAGAAUGAGCUUUCCAAAGUUAAGUAACCUGUUGGCAUAGAUAGUAACUUGACUGAUUUUAAAGGAUAAAUAGCAUAAGAAGACCAUUGAGCUAUAGCAUACUUUUCCUCCUAAGGAAAUAGUUGUUUAAGCUUCCUGUAUUACUUAAAAUAUGUUAAAAUCACUAACAAAAAUAUCUGAAAAUUAGUAGAUGAAGUAGGUGAUGAAUUGGAGAAAAACUAAGAACCAGAUAGUAGUAAUGGCAACUUAUGGAGAUGAAGUUAGAUGGAGUGAAGAAUGAGUAUAUGAAAAAAAUAGGGGAGAGGAUCUCCAAAUGAGACAAUGGCAGAAAAACAAGAAAAAUGAUGAAAAGGAUAAUAGGAAUGACUACCAAGAACUAGAAAUCUACUCAGUGGGUUUAACUGGGUAGUGGACUUAUUUGGUCUAAUUUAGACUUUGGACUAUUUAUUUUUCUAGUUUUGUAUUUCAACAAAAAAAUGUAAAUAAAUAAUAUUCACUGUU